AUGAGCGGCUGGACCAAGUCCCCCUUCGGCCCUGCUGGUGCGGCGGGACCGCGCAGCUACCCGAUGUCAGCCCGCACGGUCAUCACGCAGGAGCAGGUGUGGGCAGCCACGGCGCAGUGCGCCAAGACGAUUGCGCAAGACUACGAAAAGUUCAAGUUAGCCCCAGAGAACCCGCUCUACCUGCUGUGCGUGCUGAAGGGCAGCUUCAUCUUCACAGCUGACCUCGCCCGCUUUCUCGCCGACGAGGGUGUUCCGGUGCGGGUGGAGUUCAUUUGUGCCAGCUCGUAUGGCGAAGGCGUGGAAACAUCUGGCCAGGUGCGCAUGCUCCUUGACGUGCGCGACUCCGUGGAGGAUCGCCAUAUUUUGAUUGUCGAGGACAUCGUCGACAGUGCCAUCACACUGCAGUACCUGAUGCGGUUCAUGCUCGCCAAAAGGCCGGCCUCACUCAAGACGGUGGUGCUGCUGGACAAGCCGUCGAGGCGCAAGGUGAAGUUGCUAGUCGACUACCCCAUCAUCAGGGUCCCCGAUGUGUUUGUGAUCGGCUACGGCAUGGACUUCGCUGAGUCGUACCGCGAGCUGCGCGAUGUCUGCGAGCUCAAGAAGGAGUACUACCUGAAGCCGACGAGCAAGCUGUAG